CGACUCCAUGCAGUAUCCGUAAAGUCACACUCUCCUACCCAUGCAUGUAGCUUAGCCUGCAUAACAUCGACAAGCCUUCAACGAACAGAUCCUGGUUUAUGCAACCGGUAAUUUGACCUGAAUAAGCUGUACGUCAGAGGAAAGUUCUGCGCGUUUCUUCACUUCUUAAUCAUGGCGACCAGGGAUAAGGCGUCCGAGCAGCUAAAUGAAUUCAGCAAAGGACAGAAGAAACCGGAUGUCCUCACAACAGGCACAGGUGCACCUGUGGGCCGUAAGACAGCCACCAUGACUGUGGGACCACAGGGGCCUGUGUUGUUGCAGGACUUCGUGUUCACGGACGAGAUGGCGCAUUUCAACAGAGAGAGGAUCCCUGAGAGAGUCGUGCAUGCUAAAGGAGCAGGGGCGUUCGGCUACUUGGAAAUAACACACGACAUCACCAAGUAUUGUAAAGCAAAGGUAUUUGAACGUGUUGGCAAGAAGACGCCACUUGCGAUCAGGUUUUCAACUGUAGGUGGAGAGAAGGGGUCGGCGGACACGGCCAGGGACCCCCGGGGGUUCGCCAUUAAGUUCUACACUGAUGACGGCAACUGGGACCUGGUGGGCAAUAACACUCCCAUCUUCUUCAUAAGGGACCCUAUGCUGUUCCCUAGCUUCAUCCACACCCAGAAGAGAAACCCCGUUACGAACCUGAAGGACCCCGAUAUGUUCUGGGACUUCAUCACGCUGCGUCCUGAGACCACCCACCAGGUGUCCUUCCUCUUUUCGAACCGCGGGACCCCAGAUGGUUAUCGUCACAUGAACGGCUACGGCAGCCACACUUUCAAGAUGGUCAACGCCAAGGGGGAGAGUGUGUACUGCAAGUUUCACUUCAAGACAAACCAAGGCAUCAAGAACUUUACAGGAGCCCAGGCUGACAAGCUGGCCAGCGAUGACCCCGACUACGCCACACGUGAUCUGUACAACGCCAUCGCCGGGGGCAAGUACCCAUCCUGGUCUGUCUUCAUACAAGUGAUGAACUUCAAGGAUGCUGAGAGGCUCAAGUGGAACCCUUUCGACCUCACCAAGGUAUGGCCCCAUGCAGAAUACCCCCUCAUCCCAGUUGGUCGCAUGGUACUUGACAAGAACCCCAAGAACUACUUUGCUGAUGUGGAGCAGAUCGCCUUCUCCCCGGCGCAUAUGGUGACAGGUAUUGAGGCCAGCCCCGACAAGAUGCUGCAGGGCCGCCUCUAUUCGUACUCGGACACCCACCGGCAUCGUCUCGGCAGCAACUACCUGCAACUUCCCGUCAACUGCCCCUACAACACCCGCCUCAGCAACUACCAGAGAGACGGCCCUCAGUGCGUGGACAACAACCAAGCUGGCGCUCCUAAUUAUUUCCCCAACAGCUUCUCCGGCCCCCAAGAGGACCCCAAGUGCAUGGAGUGCUCUUUCAAGCUCACUGGAGACGUCGCCAGAUACAGCACUGCGGAUGAUGACAACUUCAGCCAAGUCGGCAUCUUCUGGAAGAAGGUCCUGCCGCCGGGUGAGCGGGACCAUCUGAUCAACAACCUGGCGGGACAUAUCAUCAACGCCCAGGAGUUCAUCCAGAAGCGUGCUGUCGCCAACUUUGGCAAGGCGGACCCCGAGUUCGGCCGGCGCCUGCAGGCUGCUCUCAACGCCUUGAAAGUGGAGCCCUAGAUUCGGUUGCAGGCAAAUCCGGAAGUACAGCCUUGGGUACAGGAUGAUCUCUCAGCAUGUACAUUGAACUAUGCUCACAGAUGAAUAACUGAUUUGUUACACAGUACUCAUCGUUGUAUUCUGCUCUGUUAUGUAUAUCGUGUUUAGUUCCACAAAUAGCAAGAUGGAGAGAUCAAUAAGCAUACAGUGUAACCAUUAUGUUUAAAAAGCACUCAAGUAGGCUAAAACAAUGAGGGCAUAUUUUUCAACAGUUACAUUUCUGUUCACGAAUGUUUAUUAAUGAAAGGCUUUGUUUCUUUGGGAAAGCGCUCCAAGACUGAGUAUGUGCAAUUUAUUGAUCAUAAAUCUGCGUGAAACUAUAUUGGAAGGAGAAUUUAGCUUAAUUUUUGCCAUUGUGAUAGUAUGAGAAUUUUCUAGUUCACGUUAUUUGUAGGUGACUUCAACUAAGGUCAGAAAUGCAAUUAAGCUUAAGUAGCGUUCACAUUAAAGAUAAUGUAGCUCUUGUUAAACCUCUGGAUAUUUGGUUUAAAUUACAUUUAAUAUAUUGGCAACUAUUCAGUGCAAGCGAAGUGCGUCGAUCAUAUCCACUAGCCCGGCAUUAUUCUUAAAAGUUGUAUUUUACACUCACUUGUAUGGACAACAAAUGUUUGGACAUUAAUGUUGAUGUUUUGCAUCACACUUGUGUUAUACCUUAGGCGUAACCGAGAAGACAGAAUUAAGCCAUCAGCUAAAACACUACAUACAAGAUCAAGGCACAAUGGAUUUUGUUUUCAAAUUCUGCCUUGUUUUGUGAAAAUAUAACAUUUAUUUCUUGAAAAUUUCAUGCAACAUGAAAACUUGAAAAAAAAUCGAAAAUGCAGUGUGUGCAUACGCAAGAAUGAAAAUGUUGGUCAGCAGAGUACUAUUGUUAUAUGUUGCCCGUUAUUUGCUGCGCUCUUAAUAAUCAAUACAUGGUUGGAUAGACAUAGAUUGAGAAGUAGAUGCAUUAGCAAGUUCACGUAUACAGUGAUGCGGAAAUUCUGCAUAGAAGCAUGUAGUCUUCAGCUUAUCGCAUAUUUUAUAUCGAAAUGGGAAUUUCACACAUUCAAUGUACUUAAUUGGAUUCUAUAAUAAUAUGUAUAUUCAAUUAUGUAUUUGUAUCAAGAGAGGUGAUGGUAAGACUACAGCUGUAGUGCUACACUUCGGUCCAUAUUAAGAUGCAAUAAAAUAUUUUGAAACAAA